AUGCAUUCUUCUGUGGCUAUAGGCAGCCGUGCUGCCUCCGCACCUUCCGGUUGUUACGUCAGUCCAACCAUAGACCGUAACACAAGCGCAGGCAAGACAAUGGGUCCAAAUGCGGUAGGAAUCCACUUAGAGGUAUAUGGGAGUGCAUGGGGACUUAAUGACCUGGAAAUUCCAUUAACACCUAUAGGCUUCCUGAGAUGA